CAGAGCAAGAUGGUCGAUUCGGGCAGCAAAGAGACCGAAACCUCCAGGUUUCUGAAGGAUAAGGAGGCUGGCGGAGAUGAGGCCAAAAGGCCGGAGGAGCUGGAUCCUUCAGACAUCACGUGUGGCUUUUCGAUCUUUAAAGGACCUGCUCUCCAGAGAUUCGCCACUGCUCACAUGUUUGUGAUUAUUUAUGGGAUAGCUAGCUGCUUUCUGGCCAUGGCUUUUACCUAUUUCACUGGAACAAUUACUACGAUGGAGAAACGCUUCAAUAUUCCCAGCAAGAUUUCAGGACUCAUCACGGUGGGCAAUGACAUAAGCACUGUCUUCUCAUCGGCUCUUUUGAGCUACUAUGCCAGUAAGGGACACCGACCACGUUGGGUUGCCUUAGGCCUGCUUAUCAUUACCCUCUUCUGUGUGCUCAUGUUAACUCCACAUUUUUUCUACGGACCCGGAGAAGAGGCACUGAGACUCACGGAGGAGUAUGGAUCAAUGGAAUUCGUUAAUACUACUUUGAACUCCACCCAUAAGGAUGACUCCCUCUGCCAUGAGAAGGACUCGAAAUGUAUAGAGAACACUGCGGAUUAUAAACCGAUUAUCCUGUUUUUCAUAGCACAGUUUAUCGGCGGUAUUGGAUGCUCUCUCUUCUAUGCCCCGGGGCUUUCCUACAUGGACGACAAUCUAUCGAAUGCCAAGACGCCACGCAUGCUGAGUAUGUCUACUUUCCUGCGUAUGCUGGGUCCUGCCAUGGGAUUCUCCAUGGUCUCCUUGUGCCUUCGCCUAUACAUCGAUCCCUUCAAGAAGCCACUGAUCACGCCAGAGGAUCCCCGCUGGAUGGGUGCCUGGUGGUUGGGUUGGAUCCUCCUGACAUUCAUCCUACUUAUCUCAGCCUUUUUCGUAGGCAUCUUUCCCAAAGAGAUGCCCAAAGCCAGGGCCAAACGUUUAAAAGCGGAGGACAAGGGAGAGGUGGACACUCCGCUGGCGGAACGCUCAUUCAAGGAUAUGAUGGAUUCCCUAAAGCGACUGGCCUCCAACAAGGUGUACGUUUACAACACCUUUGCUUCCAUACUCUACUUUUUUGGCUACAUGCCCUACUGGAUAUUUACGCCCAAGUACAUAGAGAUUCAGUACCGCCAAUCGGCUUCCACUUCCACCAUGGCCACGGGAACCUGGGCCCUUGGAUUCUCCGCCGCCGGAGUUCUUAUCUCUGGAUACGUAAUCUCAAAGUACAAGCCGAGUGCCAGGGCAAUGGCUGCCUGGAACUUUGUAGUGGACUACCUCACAGUGGCUGGACUUAUUUGCUAUGUCCUGGUCGGGUGCGACGAGAGCGACAAAGCCAACUCGUUGUCCAUCAUUCCAACUGGCGACACCUGCAGCGCAUCCUGCGACUGUGAAUAUGUGUACUAUGCACCAGUUUGCAGUCCGGAAAACGUCACCUACAUCUCGGCAUGCCACGCGGGAUGCACGGAAAAGGGACUGGACGAUCUUGGAAGGACCAUUUACUCAGGCUGCAAGUGCUUGGGCAGCUCGCUAAACCAAACUUUGUUUUCUAAUGACACAUUUAUGACAUCCCAGUCUCAGAUCGCCAUGGAUGGAGCCUGUCCCGUGGACUGCACCAAACAAUUCCUAAUCUUUCUGGCCGUCAUGUGCUUCUUGAAGUUCGUAGGCGCCACAGGAAGGUCCAGUAAUCUGCUCCUGGCACUUCGAUGCGUCCCCUCAAAGGAUAAGACCUUUGCUCUGGGUUUCGGCAGCAUGGUUUAUUCCGUGCUUACCUUCAUUCCCAGUCCAAUUGUCUUUGGCUGGAUGUGGGAUAGCUACUGCCUAGUCUGGGGAAAGACCUGCGGAUCCAAGGGAAACUGCUGGAUAUACGACUCGAGGUCCUUGAGAUAUACAAUGAACAUCGUGAGCGCUUCCCUGAUUUUCCUGGGAAGCUUUUGGAAUAUCGGAGUCUGGUAUCAUGCUAAGGAUAUGAAAAUCUUUGAUGAGGAGGAGACUGCAGAACCUGGCAACAAGGGUGAAUUGGUAGAGCUUAAGGAGAAGUCAAACUCAAUUAGUGCCGAUAAACAGGCUGAUCAAUUAGAACUUAAGGAAAACCAUUAGGAAAUAAUAUCAAUAUUAUAAUAAAGUUCUUUUCUUUUA